AGGACGCUGCAACCUGCUGAGCAACCAGGGCCCAGAAAUCGCUUAGGAAACGGCGGCAAAGCGACUGUCCUGCGUUGCCUUCUUCCAUAUCUGCACGCCCCCUUCAUCCAGAACUUUUUUUCUCUUGAUUCCUUCCAUGGAAGAUUCGACUUCCCUGAAGCAAGAACAAGAAAACCAAGAACCGGGAAAAGCAGGGCCGCCAUGGGAAGGAAAGACAGCAGCUUCUCCCCAGUCUCCUGAGCCAGAGUCCUCUGGGCCCUUGGAGGCGGAGCAGGGACCAGAAACUGGACCCCAGCCCAGAAGCAGCCCUCCUCGGAGCCCCCAGUCUAAAGUCAUCUCGUCUCUGGGUGACCCCAAAGGACCAGGAGCAUCAUCUUCCCCUUUCCCUUCACAGGAGCCCUCUCGCACUCCUUCUCCCCUGGCUCUGGCCAGACAGGAUCUUGCCGCACCACUGCAGUCAGACCUGACGGCUAGUGUGACUCCGGAAGCUGGGACGCUUCUCUCUGAUCCUUUGGAACAAUCGUCUGACGAAAGAGAAUCCACUUCUCAUCACACAGGCCAGUCGGAGGCAAACACCUCUCAACAGUCUCAGCAGCCCAAAUCUCAUUUGUGUAGAUCAACGGAUGUGAGCUAUAGCAACUCUAAACAAAAAGAGCUGAGAUUUGACACUUUUCAGGAGGAAGACUCAAACAGUGAGCAUGACCUAGACCAGCCCAUGCCUGGGGCCUCUGAAGCAGUGCCCAGUGUGCUUGAGACAGCCAUUCAGAAUGCCAAGGCUUACCUGCUGAAGACCAGUUGCAAGUCGGGCUUGAAUUUAUAUGAUCAUCUUUCUAGUAUGCUGACUAAGAUACUCGAUGAGCGUCCUGAAAAUGCUGUUGACAUCAUUGAAAAUAUUAGUCAAGAUGUGAAGAUGGCACAUUUUAGUAAAAAAUUAGAUACACUCCAAAAUGAGAAGGAGAUGCUUCCAACCUAUGAAAUAGCAGAGAAGCAAAAGGCUCUUUUUCUUCAGGGACAUUUGGAAGGAGUUGACCAAGAACUGGAAGAUGAAAUAGCAGAAAACUCUCUUCCAAAUGUAAUGGAGUCUGCUUUUUAUUUUGAACAAGCUGGAAUUGGUUUGGGCACAGAUGAGACUUACCGCAUAUUUCUUGCCCUCAAGCAGCUUACUGACACCCAUCCAAUCCAAAGAUGCCGCUUCUGGGGCAAGAUCUUGGGUCUGGAAAUGAAUUAUAUUGUAGCUGAAGUGGAAUUUCGUGAGGGGGAAGAUGAAGAGGAGGUUGAAGAGGAAGAUGUAGCUGAGGAGAGGGACAAUGGAGAAAGUGAAGCUGAUGAAGAUGAGGAAGAUGAACUACCAAAGUCCUUUUACAAGGCCCCACAGGCUAUACCAAAAGAAGAAAGUAGGACAGGUGCCAACAAAUAUGUCUAUUUUGUUUGCAAUGAACCAGGAAGAUCAUGGGUGAAGUUACCAUCAGUUACACCUGCACAAAUUGUUAUUGCAAGAAAAAUCAAGAAAUUUUUCACUGGGCAAUUGGAUGCUCCCAUCAUGAGCUACCCACCAUUCCCAGGAAAUGAGAGCAAUUACUUACGAGCACAAAUUGCCCGAAUUUCAGCAGGAACCCACGUCAGUCCUCUAGGAUUCUAUCAGUUCGGUGAAGAGGAAGGAGAGGAGGAGGAAGAGGUAGAAGGUGGCCGAGAUAGCUUUGAGGAAAACACAGAUUUUGAAGGCAUCCAAGUGAUUGACCUAGUUGAAUCCUUAUCCAAUUGGGUUCAUCAUGUACAGCAUAUUCUCCCUCAGGGUCGCUGUAAUUGGUUAAACCCUAUACAAAAAAAUGAAGAGGAAGAAGAGGAAGAAGAUGAAGAAAAAGAGGAAGAAAAAGGAGAAGAACCUGAAUUCACAGAACAGGAAGUGGGGCCUCCUCUUUUGACACCAAUCUCUGAAGAUUUAGAAAUUCAGAAUAUACCCCCUUGGACAACACGAUUAUCCUCAAAUCUUGUUCCACAAUAUGCUAUUGCAGUCCUUCGAUCCAACCGUUGGCCUGGAGCAUAUGCCUUUUCCAAUGGCAAAAAGUUUGAAAAUCUCUACAUAGGCUGGGGUCAUAAGUACAGUCCAGACAAUUAUACACCCCCAGUUCCACCACCAGUUUAUCAAGAAUACCCCAGUGGACCAGAAAUUACAGAAAUGGAUGACCCUAGUGUGGAAGAGGAGCAGGCUUUCAGGGCUGCACAAGAAGCAGUGCUGCUUGCAGCUGAGAAUGAAGAAACUGAGGAAGAUGAAGAUGAAGAAGAUGACUAAGAAAAUCAGCCUGGUCUUACGUGGCACUGAUGCACACCUCCUUAUGUGGGACUGAUUUUAUAUGUAUGUGUAUGUGUUUAUACACACCUAUACAGGAAAUCACUCAUCUGCAAAAUGUCAUUCCUUAAAAAUACAUAACUUGGAAUUUCAUAUGUAUAACUAUUUAUGUUUAUAGAAAGACGCUCGAUGGAUUUUCUAGAGGCUAAAUGACAUGUAAUCACAUCACUGCUCUAAUGGUCAUGGCUAAUGUGCUUGUGUAUUCUUGUUUUAAAAAGAUCUCAGGUUUAA